GCGGCCCGCUAUCUCCGGCGGGCUCUUUCUUGCCUUCAUUCCCCAUCUCCUCCGCGUAUAAACAUGUCCAGAAUUCCUCAGCCCUCAUCUCGAGGGCAGAAUCUGAAAGUGGAUCCCCCAAUCCGAGGAACUCCUGUCAGAUCGCGCGUCCAGUCGAGUGUGGGGUCAACAACAACCCCCAGAACGCCCAGAAGCCCGGCGACACCACGAACACCAGCUACACCUGGAGCAACAGGGAAGCCCGCGACAGGCAAUGGGCUGGUUGCACCCGCGAGCAGGGCUCGGACGAAGUCUCAGCCUGCCUCACCAGUACGGGCGACCAAUCCGCGAUCCCCGACGCCCGGAAAGAGCGCGACCCCCAAGCGCGUCGCCUCGCCCACAAAGCGGGGUCCGUCGCGCGGCCCAUCGCCCCUGAAGCGCUCGGCAUCGCCCCAGAAAGAAGCGUCAAGUAGCUCAAAGCCUCAGCUAUCCAUCCGCGAACAGAUCGCCCUCAAGCGCGCCGAAGCCAAGAAGGCGCAACGCUCGGUGGCGGCAUCUCCGUCCGAGAAUCUUGAGGACGCGAUUCCAGACGCGCCCCCACCUGCGGAAGAGGACAUCCUCGGCCGCUUGUCCCUGCGCGAGACGAUCGAGCGCGCGCGGAGCACAGGCUCGCUCAACAUUGUCGCCCGAUCUCUUCCCUGCAUCCCCUCCGCGCUCUUUGAGAUCCACCUUGGCCUCACGCCAGCGCCGCUCAAGAGCGUCCCGGAAGAACCCCCGCUGCCCCCCGCGCCCCCAAGAAAGGGAAAGCCCGCCGAUCAGGAGACGGCGUGGUUUGAAGCCCAGGAUCUGGAGGUCCUGAAGGCCUUCAACAACGACAUUGUGGAGAUCCAGCCAGAGUUGUCACUCUUUGGAUCGCUCAAAGUACUCGACAUCCAUGCAAACAAAAUCGCCGAGUUGCCUCUGGCCAUUUGCGAUCUCAUGACGCUGUCCACCUUGGACGUCUCGCACAACUGCCUCACCAAACUCCCACCCGAUCUCUUUUCCCUUCCCGAGCUCACCGUUCUGAACGUCUCACACAAUGCGCUCACCUCGCUUCACUUCAACGAACCGUUCGCGCCCGGGUACCAACCAGCGCAGCGCCCGGACAACGAUUCGGUCCUCAUCUGCGAUAUACCCCGUGCGAGCGUUCCCCUCCCACGCCUCGUCACGCUCGUUGCCUCGCACAACAAGCUCACGGCGGCGGCCAUCGACCUCCCGUUACCCAGCACGCUGAUCAAGACUGACCUGUCGUUCAAUCCCCUGGGCUCGGACUCGGCGUGCAAGGCUCUGCUAUCCUCGGCAGCCCGGCUGAACAAACUCAAAGAACUGCACUUCGAGCAGGCCGAUAUCGGAGACGAAGUGUUUAUCGACAAUGCCUUCGCAGCCGGCUCGUUCCCCUCUCUUCAGCUUCUCGACUUCCGAGAGACUCGAGCUAGCCAAGCAGCCGUGAGGAACUCGCUGUCAAAGGUAGAGAAGGAGCUCUCGUUCGACUUCGUGAAUGAGGAUCCGCCGCCGGGCGUCAUGCGCGUCCUCGUUGGCAAGCAGAUCAUCCGCGAGGCAUGGGAGAUCGAGGCCGAGCAGAGACGCAAGGCGCGCACGGCCCACCUCGCGAAACCGACGGACGGCGACGAGGAAGCACAGAAGAACGGCGCGAAGCCAGCACCCAAGCCCGAGAUCGUCAAGGAGGUUUGGGAGUUCGAGGCGGAGCAAGGCUUGCUGACCGAGGGCGGGCGGCGGCGCGCUCGCGCGAAGGAGCUGGAGGAGAAAGAACGAGAGAGGCGCGAGCAGGAGGAGAGAGACAAGCCCGCACCGCCCGGCGCCUUCGCCCUCGACAAGUCGAAGUACUACGAUGACCGCACGCAUGCGCUCACGCUACCGCCAUCUACUGCGCCGACCCAUGCACGCGCCUUCUCCCUCGCCGCGCCCUCGCUUGCAUCCGCGAACAGCGAGGACCUCAAGGUCCCCACUGCGACGCUUCCGCUCAGCGUCAUCGCCGCACAGCCGUUCGCACCCACCCUGCGAUCGCUCACGCUCGCCAGCCGGCGCAAAGACCGUGUCGUGACGCUGCCCGUGUGCGCGUCCGAUACCGCGCUCCUGCCCGUCCUCGAGGAGCUUGAUCUAGAGGGGUGCAACCUCGGAGACACCAUCCCCGUCGCGCGACACGACCCCGCGUCGGGCGCGCCUGCAUCACCCGGCGCCAGCGAGCCCCUUCUGCCGCUGCUCACGCGGCUCUUCCCCUCCCUGCGCGUGCUCAACCUGACAUACAACCUCCUCACCAGCGCCGCGCUCACGACCCCCGUCCUCAGCGCACUCAUCCUCGCCGACAGCGGGCGGGUAGGCCUGCGUGUCCUCGGCUUGCGGGGCAACCGUAUCACCGGGCUCGAAGGGUUCGAGGGCCUCGCAGAAAUGUUCAAGGGGCACAGGGAGGUGCCAGAGUGGAAGCUCGAUGAGCUGGAUCUGCGGGACAACGACAUCGGCCGCCUACCACCCGAGAUGGGACUCCUACCGUUGGAUGUGUUCUUGGUUGAGGGGAAUGCAUUCCGUGCCCCACAGCGCCGCGUGUGGGAGCGAGAAGGGACGAAGGGUCUCUUGGCGUGGUUGCGGGGAGGAAUCGAGUAGCGAAAGUCAUAGGAAGUUCUGUUCUCUACUGUCAAACAUUCUACAUUCUACAUACAAGACCAGCUUUGCAAUUAUGGGACUCUUCAGCAGACC